AACCUUGAGGCCUAAGCGCUCAAAGUUUCUUGGCUGUUGCAACAGAAUAUAUAGAAUUUUACAGCAUCAUGAUCAUAAGAAUCAUUAUUUUUUCUGUCCUUGCUGGGUGUGUAUGUAGCCAAGGAUGCGGAAAAGAUUGGCAACAAUUUGGGAACACAUGUUACUUUGCAUCCCAAGCAUUGGUACCAUGGAGUACGGCUCGAGACACGUGCAAGGACAUGGAUGCUGACUUGGCAAUUAUCAGGAACAACGAGGCAAAUCAAUUUUUGCAAGAUCUUCUUGGGUUUACUCGAAAAUUGUACUGGAUAGGUCUUCAGGACAAAAAGGGAGAGGGCAACUUCCUCUGGGUGGACAACACUCCUCUAGAUCCCACAAAAGCUAAUUGGUUGCCAGGAGAGCCUAAUGAUUAUCGUAGAGGUGAAGAUUGUGGAGAGAUAAACACAAAAAAGAAUGGCCAGUGGAAUGAUGAAACUUGUGUUACUCCACAACCGUAUAUUUGCUCCAAAAACUAUGUGGAUGUUGAAUGUGAUGAGAACAAUGGCUGGAUCAACUAUAACAACAAGUGCUACCUUUGGAGAAGUGUUGAGCUUCAGACCUGGACAGAGGCUGAAACUUUCUGCACAUUACUCAAUGGAAACCUUGUUAGCAUCGGUUCACAAGAUGAACAGAACUUUGUGAAUGAUAUUCUCCAGCAGUUCAAGGGUACAGGGAUGUGGAUAGGUUUGACAGAUAGGGAGUCUAUUGCUGGUUCAUUCUACUGGACUGAUAGGAGCCCUACAGACUAUUUAAAAUGGGAUGACAACCAGCCUGAUACAAGGUACUUUGAUGGUGGUGGAGAUUGUGUACAGAUACAAAGCUAUGAUAGUUCAAGUGAUGGCUUGUGGGUGACUGCUCCUUGUUACCAGGCAAAAAACUACAUGUGUGAAGCUAAAGAAGGAGCCUGCUCUGCUGGAUGGAAAUACUACAAUGGACAGUGUUACCAAUGCGACAUGAAUAAGAGGAGAUGGGCUGAUGCAAAGAGUUUCUGUGAGGCCCAGGGUGGCUACUUAGCUACAAUCACCAGCGAAGGAGAAAAUCUCUUUAUUGCAACUCUGUUUACUGAAUUCUGGAUGAAUGUGAGACAUAAUGUCUGGUUUGGGCUAUCAGAUUCAAAGCAAGAUGGAAAUUUCCAGUGGGUCCAGGAUGUUGACUUAGGAUACACCAGUUGGAACAUUGACAACCCAACAGAUCGACCAAACCAGGUGGACUGUGGUAGCAUAAACACAGGAAAUAAUGCUGCACUUUGGAAUACCAUUGAUUGUAACUAUGAGCAAGCAUUCAUUUGUAAAAUCCAAGCAGGAAGAGCAGUGACGAACCUUGUAGCAGAUGAAGGUGUUCACUCCUGCACAGGUGAUUGGCAGGCACAUGGUAGUUAUUGCUACCUUUUCAAACCCACUGACUUUCAACGUUAUUGGGAUGCAGAGGGUUUAUGUGCCAAAGAAGGUGGAACAUUAGUGACAAUUACCAGCCAAGAGGAGCAAGAUUUUAUCUCGGUCCGUGCAGAUAUUUUGAGGGCCGAGAUGUGGAUUGGUCUUCACGACACUGCAACAAAAGGAAAAUUUGAAUGGAUUGAUGGGUCAUCAUUAUCAUUUACAAACUGGGCCCCUGGUGAACCAAACGAGGCUGGAUCAGGUGAGGACUGUGUCAGCCUAGUCAGUAGAUAUUCCAGAGUAGGAAUGUGGAAUGAUUUGUCAUGUGACCGACACCAGCCGUACAUAUGUAAACGUCCAUAUGAUAGUGGCGGUGGUCCUAUAAUUCCAGUAACAGAGCCAGCCGCCAGGAAAACAAAAGCACCAAGUGAAUCUCUUACAGGGGGCGCUAUUGCAGGCAUUACAGUUGGAUUUGUAUGUGUUCUUGUGCUGGUUUCAAUUAUGACGGUUAUUUUUGUGCGAAAAAAUGAGCAAAGAAAGCUUGCAAUAAGUUCUCCGUCUAAUACCCGAGAUCAAACGCAAUUUAAAUUGUAGUUAUAUUUUAAAGAGUUACGUUUUUAUAAAUAAAAUUAAAUAAAUAAAAUGGUAUAAAUCCGCAAUGAUAGGCUACCUACUUGCACUUGAUUCUUGUAAACAUUCAUUUGUAACAAAUAUAAAUCAAAUUAAUUAAUGACAGACAAAGUGUUAUCCUAUGAACUUUAAAUAUAUAUAUAUAUAUAUUUGUAUAUAUAUAUACAAUAUAUAUAUAUA